UUCUGGGAGCUGCGAUUGGUUGAUACGAAAUAUCACAAUUCACGUUCGGGAAACUGAAACUUAAUGUGUCUGUGUCCACAAUGGAGAAGGUUUUAUGUAAAGUACACGGCAGUGUGUGUAUGUUAAAAACUGGCGUUAAAGAUGGACCAAAUAAGGGCAAAAGCUUCUACGUCUGCAUUGACAAGCAAGGCUGUGAUUUCAGCCAGCUGGCCAGCAUCUCAGCCUCCCACUGCCUCAAUCAUGAAGAUUCAAUGGUGGAACUCCAAGCUCUCACCUUCAGUCAACAACAACAGAGCCACAGGUUGUUCUACCGGUGUAUUGUGGGUAAAAAAGCAGGCCAGAAGUGGUGUGGAAACGUACCCUGGACUGCACCAGAGAAAGAAAAGAGAAACCCUCUAUCUGACACACAGGCACAGCCCUCCUGCCUGCCGCCUGCCCGAAACCCCUUCAAGGCCCCGGUUAAAACGGACAAGGACUCUGAGUGGAGGAGGAUGCAGUGUGGUGGAGGUGAUGUGAGAGGAAGAGAGGAGAAAGACAGUGAGGCAAGUCACAAGGACGAAAGAAAAGAGAGUUGCCAGAAAGAAAAUGUGGAGAGUAUAGGUGCAGGAGCGGAAAAAGAAGAGGAGGAAGGGAAGCUGAAUGCAUCAGACACGUAUCGAGGUAAACAACUUCCACCAGGGAUGAAGGUAAAGAAAAGAAUUUCAGAUGAAGAGAGAAAAAAAGCCAACGCUGAGGAAAACGUGGUGGAUAAGGUGCAAGACGAGACGAAAGAGAACCACAACAAGCAGAGGGAAGCUGAAAAAACAAGCCCUACCUACAGUGUCAAGGCUGCUCGUUCUGAGAAAAUCAAUCAAACCUCACAGGAUUCUCACAAGGACCCGGCCCAGCAGCCAACUGGCUCUGAACCCUCUCACAAGGAACAAACUGAUCCUACAGUAAAAGAGAGUGUUUCUAAAUCUGCGCCCGGUAGCAGUACCAAUGCUGCCAGACAUUCUGAUAAAACCAGGAGCCCCGCAUCUAACACUCCAACACAACCAGAGUACAGGCAAACCAAAAAUCACCAAGACGACGAUGAUGAUGUAGUGUUGGUGUCAGUGAAGCCUGCCACUCAGAAAACUCCUCCUGCUUCUACUAUCCAAAAGCCCUUGACCACCUUCCCAGGCUUUCAGCCAACCUCCAAGGUCAAAGGUCAGGUGGAAGAUCCCAGAGGACUACACAACAUGCUCACUGCUCAGCUCCAACAGAAAAAGGCCACUCUGUCUGUGGUGAAUGUGGCAGCUCUACCAGAUAAAGGGGAGAGGUUGAGGACUCAAGUCAAGGAGCUGGAGGACGCGCUGGAGUCGCUGAGCCUCACCGCUGCUUCUCAGCCUGAGUCCGAGGGUACAGAACGUAACAGCAAUGAUGCUAAACCAGGUUGCAGUCAGGUCAACCCAUUCAGUCGGCAAGGGGGCACCAUCCUGCUCCCUGCCCCCCCGGCUCCGGGCCCCCACUCUCACCAGGCCUCCGGCAGCUCCCUUGGGCUCCAGCUGAGCCAGGGAAGCACUCAGAUGUAUGGAGCAAACCCGCAGGUCCAGGCCUUCUACGGUGGCAGGAUGACUGAUGACCGUCUGCUGGCAGUGAAAAAUGCCACCUGCGAGGCCAUCGACCAUCUCCACAAAUCCCUGGAGUCCUGCCCUGGCCCAGAGGCUGAGGUCCCUGACCCUAAGGGCAUCAAGGUGUCGCUCCUGGCCCAUCAGAGGAGAGCUCUGGCUUGGCUUCUCUGGAGAGAAGCCCAGAAUCCCUGUGGAGGAAUUUUGGCUGACGACAUGGGUCUGGGGAAGACGCUGACCAUGAUUUCUCUCAUACUGGCCAAGAAGAGAGAGACAAAAGAGGAACAUGAGAAGAAGGAAGAGAAGAAGGCAGAGAGCUGGAUCUCCAAAACUGAUUCCAGCGUUGUGGUUUCGAAAGGCACUCUGAUCAUCUGUCCCGCCUCUCUGGUUCACCAUUGGAAGAAGGAGGUAGAGAGACACGUCAAGACGGGCAAGCUGACGGUGUAUCUGUAUCACGGCCCCAACCGAGAGAGAAGUGCCAAAGUGCUGGCAGAUUAUGAUGUGGUGGUGACCACAUACAGUCUGGUCUCUAAGGAGAUCCCAGUCCAGAAGGAGGAGGCUGAGAAACCCAACAAGGAUGCUGAUGAGGUGCCAUCACACUCGGCUCCUCUUCUACGAGUGGCCUGGGCCCGUGUGGUUCUUGACGAAGCCCACAACAUCAAGAACCCAAAAGUGCAGACCUCCAUGGCUGUCUGCCGGCUGAGGGCCCGCGCCCGCUGGGCCGUCACUGGAACACCCAUCCAGAACAACCUGCUGGACAUGUACUCACUGCUCAAGUUUCUGCGUUGUUCUCCGUUUGAUGAGUACAAACUUUGGAAAGCACAGGUUGACAAUGGCUCUAAGAGAGGCAGAGAGAGACUCAACAUCCUGACCAGGAGUCUGCUGCUCCGACGAACCAAAGACCAAAAGGACUCCACUGGAAAACCUCUGGUGUCUCUUCCUGAUCGGACCUGCGAGGUGCAUCAACUCAAACUGUCUGAGGAUGAGCAGGCUGUGUAUGAUGUGGUCUUCGCCCAAUCCAGAUCGACUCUGCAGAACUACCUGAAGAGACAUGAAGGAAAUGACGUGAACAAGAGAAACACUUCCAGUUCCAACCCCUUCGACAAAGUAGCCCAAGAGUUCGGUAUGCCCCAGGCUGACCCCGCUGUGUCGAGUUCCCAGCAGCCCCAGCAGGCAUCCAGCACCGUUCACAUCCUGUCGCUGUUGCUGCGCCUCCGACAAUGCUGCUGUCACCUGUCACUCCUUAAGAAGACUCUAGACUCGUCGGAGCUGCAGGGUGAUGGGAUUGUCUUGUCUCUGGAGGAGCAGCUCAACGCUCUGUCACUUUCCUCCAGCCCCUCAACAUCAAGCCCUCAUCCCAAAGACACAGUGGGCCUUAAUGGCACGCAUUUCCCCUCGCAUCUGUUUGAGGACAGCAGUGAGAGCACCAAGAUUUCUGCCAUUGUUUCUGAGCUGAAGGCAAUCAGACAGAAGAGUGACGAUCAAAAAAGUGUGAUUGUGUCCCAGUGGACCAGCAUGCUCCGAAUCGUGGCGGUUCAUCUGCAGCGGAUGGGCCUGAGAUACGCUGUCAUUGAUGGGACCGUCAACCCCAAACGCCGCAUGGAGCUGGUGGAAGAAUUCAACACUAAUCCUAAAGGACCACAGGUGAUGCUGGUCUCUCUUUGUGCUGGAGGGGUCGGACUCAAUCUCACUGGUGGGAAUCACCUCUUCCUCAUUGAUAUGCACUGGAACCCAGCAUUGGAGGAUCAAGCCUGUGACCGAAUCUACAGAGUUGGACAGAGUAAAGAUGUCACCAUCCACAGGUUUGUGUGUGAUGGCACAGUGGAGGAUAAGAUUUCCACACUACAGGCAAAGAAAAAGGAGUUAGCCCAAAACGUGCUGUCAGGAACAGGAAGCACCUUCUCCAAACUCUCCCUGGCUGAUCUCAAAAUCAUUUUUGGUGUCUGAGAUGGGAGAUAACUGAGCACUAUCAAACUCACAACUACAAUACCAGAAAGCCAUUUAUACACAUAAUCAAUAUACUAGUUUUACAUGUGUCUAUGUGUCAUUUAAGUUCUUAUUAUUUUAUUAUAUUAAAUCACAGGGAUGGAGCAAAAAGAGCAUUUCCUCCAUCAAAGUUAUUUUCAUUUCUGGUCACUGACCCAUUAUUGGAGUGAAGCAAAUAUUUGCUUUUAAACCCUGAUUGGGUUUAUUUUCUUUUUAAAUACCUUUUUUAUUAUUAAGUAUUGUGCUUUGUUGGUGUAUGUUUGUUGAUAUGAUAAUCAAAUAAAUUCAGGUGAUUGCAA